AUGGGCCCAUCAAUCAACGACAGACAGCUGGGAUCAGCCAAGCGACACAAAGUUGCGCGACCGACGGUGCCGAGAGAGACCAACUUAGGUAACUCCCUAAUCAAAUCAAGGACCUUGAAGCGAAAAAACCAAACAGUCCGCCGCAAGUUUCGGCAUCGGCCGGCCCUGCAACAGCCGCCACAGGCUCUCGGCUGCAAUCGUGCCGACGGGAGCUGGCGUUGCUAG